AUUUAUUUAUUUUUAAAUACCAAAUGAAAAUGAUAGGUUAGAAAAUGUUCGAUCGUCCGCCAUUUUAGAGUAGCUAAUGCGAACGAGAAUUUGCUAAAUAUAGAGGUGGGAAUGCGCCUUUAAAAAGCUCCACCACCCACAGUUGUCUGAAUUGUCUGUGUUUUGUUUCUUGCAUGGCGGGCCUGUAAAGAAGAGAGAGGAAAUAAAAAAUAAAUAAAUUAAAUAAAUAAAUAAAAUUAGCGAGAGGGGAUACAGAGAUUUGUUCUUCUUCUUCCUGUAAAGAAAAGAAAAAAUGGCGUCAGACAUUUCGUUAGAGGCGAUUAAGAAUGAAACGAUUGACCUUGAGCAUAUGCCCAUUGAAGAAGUGUUCGCCGAGUUAAAAUGUACGAGGGAGGGUUUGACAUCGGAAGAAGGGGCGAAAAGGCUCGAUAUUUUCGGCCCGAACAAGCUAGAGGAGAAGCAAGAGAGCAAAUUCUUGAAGUUUUUGGGCUUUAUGUGGAAUCCUCUUUCUUGGGUCAUGGAAUCUGCUGCCAUUAUGGCCAUUGUUUUAGCCAAUGGAGGGGGCAAGCCGCCGGACUGGCAAGAUUUCGUCGGUAUUCUCGUGCUGCUGAUUAUCAACUCCACCAUAAGUUUCAUCGAAGAAAACAACGCUGGAAAUGCGGCUGCUGCCCUUAUGGCUGGUCUUGCUCCCAAAACUAAGGUUUUGAGAGAUGGCAAAUGGAGUGAGCAGGAUGCAUCGAUCCUGGUUCCGGGAGAUUUGAUCAGUGUCAAACUAGGGGAUAUUAUCCCUGCCGAUGCUCGUCUAUUGGAAGGGGACCCUUUAAAGAUCGACCAAUCGGCGCUCACCGGAGAAUCUCUUCCGGUGACCAAACACCCCGGAGCGGAGGUCUUCUCCGGCUCCACCUGCAAGCAAGGUGAGAUCGAGGCUGUUGUUAUUGCCACCGGAGUCCACACCUUCUUCGGCAAGGCCGCCCAUCUCGUUGACAGCACCAACAACGUCGGCCACUUUCAAAAGGUGUUGACUGCAAUUGGAAACUUCUGCAUCUGCUCAAUUGCAUUGGGAAUGAUUAUCGAGAUUGUAGUGAUGUACCCGAUUCAGAGGAGGAAAUACAGAGAAGGAAUCGACAACCUGCUGGUGCUCCUCAUCGGUGGUAUUCCGAUCGCUAUGCCGACAGUCCUGUCUGUCACCAUGGCCAUCGGGUCCCACCGUCUGUCACAGCAGGGCGCUAUCACCAAGAGAAUGACAGCCAUUGAGGAAAUGGCUGGCAUGGAUGUCCUCUGCAGUGACAAAACCGGAACACUCACCUUAAACAAACUCACAGUCGACAAAACCUUGAUCGAGGUAUUCCCAGAUAAUGCUGACAAGGACACUGUCAUCUUGCUCGCCGCACGUGCUUCGAGGGUAGAGAAUCAAGAUGCUAUCGAUGCUUCCAUCGUUAACAUGUUGAGUGAUCCAAAGGAGGCAAGAGCUGGCAUUACAGAGGUUCAUUUCUUGCCUUUCAACCCGGUGGAAAAACGAACUGCAAUAACGUAUUACGACGCUCAAGGAAACUGGCAUAGAAGUAGCAAGGGUGCUCCUGAGCAAAUUAUCGAGCUUUGCCAACUCAAAGGGGCUGUUCUAAAGAAGGCUCAUGAUAUCAUCGAUAAUUUUGCAAACCGCGGUCUUCGUUCUCUUGGUAUUGCAAGACAGACUGUUCCGGAGAAAACGAAAGAGGGUUCCGGUGGGCCGUGGGAGUUUGUUGGCUUGUUGCCAUUGUUCGAUCCUCCAAGGCACGAUAGUGCAGAGACAAUUAGGAAGGCACUCGAGUUAGGUGUGAAUGUGAAAAUGAUCACCGGUGAUCAAUUAGCUAUCGGCAAAGAGACGGGCAGACGACUUGGUAUGGGCACAAAUAUGUAUCCGUCUUCUUCUCUUCUUGGCCAGUGCAAAGACGAGUCGAUUGCUUCGAUGCCGAUCGACGAACUCAUCGAGAAAGCCGAUGGCUUCGCCGGGGUUUUCCCAGAGCAUAAAUACGAGAUUGUGAAGAGACUACAAGAGAGAAAGCACAUAUGCGGAAUGACGGGUGAUGGUGUGAACGACGCACCGGCUCUAAAAAAGGCCGACAUCGGAAUUGCGGUGGCGGACGCAACCGAUGCCGCCAGGGGCGCGUCGGACAUUGUGUUGACUGAGCCCGGGCUCAGUGUGAUUGUCAGUGCAGUUCUGACGAGCAGAGCCAUUUUCCAGAGGAUGAAGAACUACACGAUUUACGCAGUCUCGAUUACGAUCCGUAUCGUGAUGGGCUUCAUGCUGAUUGCCCUUUUGUGGAAAUUUGAUUUUUCGCCUUUUAUGGUUUUGAUUAUUGCGAUUCUGAACGACGGGACUAUCAUGACCAUUUCGAAGGAUAGGGUGAAGCCUUCUCCCUUGCCGGACUCGUGGAAGUUGAAAGAGAUUUUCGCUACUGGAGUUGUGCUUGGGAGUUAUAUGGCUCUUAUGACUGUCGUCUUCUUUUACUUGGCCGCCGACACCGACUUCUUCUCUGAAAAAUUUAAAGUUAGGUCCCUAAGAAACAGUCCAGACGAGCUGACUGCUGCUCUAUACCUUCAAGUGAGUAUUAUCAGUCAAGCCCUCAUUUUCGUGACGAGGUCAAGAAGCUGGUCUUUCGUCGAACGCCCCGGUUUCUUGCUCAUGAGUGCUUUCUUGAUAGCCCAGUUGGUGGCUACAAUUAUUGCUGUGUAUGCAAACUGGGGAUUUGCAAGAAUUCAAGGCAUUGGAUGGGGGUGGGCCGGAAUUAUCUGGAUCUACAGCAUUGUCACUUACUUCCCACUCGACGUUUUGAAGUUCAUUAUCCGAUAUGCGUUAACCGGCAAAGCUUGGGAUUCAAUGAUCCAGAACAGGGUUGCUUUCACAACGAAGAAGGAUUACGGUAGAGGCGAGAGAGAAGCACAAUGGGCAGUGGCGCAGCGAACCCUACACGGCCUAUCGGCCGGAGAAACUCCGGCCCUUCUUCACGACAAGAACUACGGAGAAUUGUCGGAAAUCGCAGAGCAAGCUAAACGACGAGCUGAAGUUGCAAGGCUGAGGGAGCUUCACACGCUUAAAGGGCACGUCGAGUCGGUGGUGAAGCUGAAGGGGUUGGAUAUCGAGACGAUCCAGCAACAUUACACUGUCUAAAAAGUAAUUGGAAGAAAUUGGAGGACGUUGAACAAGAGACGACGAAGACGCGUGAAAUCGAAAGAUUCACAAGUGGCAAUUCAUUUUUUUUUUAUGGUAGAGUUUGUAGGGGUGUUGAAAAUAAGGUUUUGGGGGGAAGAUGGAAUAAAUCAAUAAUCACUGCUGUGUAACUCCUUUUUUUUUU